AUGGCUUCCGACGGCGGGUGGAGGGACCCAGGGACGGUGCAGCUGAGGGGGUGGACAGUGGAACUGUCCACCCGCGACCCCGAAUUGCUCGCCGCGCACAGCCACUGGGUAUGCUCGGAUGAGGAGGCGGAGCAACGACCUCCAUGGGCGACGGCGGCGAUGGCGCUAGCGUCCAUUGGUUCUGCCACUGCGGAGGAGGUGGCGGCCGGAGGUGGGGCCGUGGCGGCGGCUAGAUGCGCCCAUCCGGUGCAGGUGACCAGACUGGAGCGGCGACGACGGCAGGCGCGCCCGUGGAGGCGCGAGCGGCGGAGGGGCCACUCAGCUUCCACAAUGCAGCACCUGGCCAUCUUCCUCGUGUUCCUGCUGAGCUCUGCUCUAGCUCUGCCCACUCCGGCCAGGCUGUGGAGCAAGGGUAAUGGCCGCAUCAUUGGAGGAUCCUCUGCCAACAUAGCCAACUACCCGUGGCAACUCUCUUUCCAGUACGGCGGUUCGCACAUCUGUGGUGCAUCCAUCAUCAGUUCCAACUGGGCGCUGACGGCUGCUCACUGUGUGGACGGCAUUAUCCUCUCUCUGAUCAGUUUCCGGGCCGGCACCUCAACCCGUGGAAGCGGCGGUUUCGUCAGAAGCGCCAGCUCUGGCUACAUGCACGCAUCGUACAACGACCAGACUAUAGACUACGAUGUUGCUGUUGUUCAGGUGUCCGGAUCUCUGCUAGGUUCGAACGCACAGGCAGUGGGCCUCGCCAGUGACAACUACGACCCACCAGGUGGUCUCGCAGUGACGGUGACUGGCUGGGGAGCCACGUACACCGAUGGACCGUCCGCCAACAGUCUGCUCAAGGUGGACAUCAGCAUCUUGGACCGUAACACGUGCAGGAACACCUUUGCCAACAUCAACACUGUGACCGACCGCAUGGUGUGCGCCGGCCAGGCCGGCAAGAGCGUCUGCAGCGGAGACUCUGGUGGUCCCCCGGUCAGCGGAAGCACCCAGGUGGGCAUCGUCUCCUGGGGCAGUUCAAGGUGCGAGGCCACCCCCGGUGUCUUCGCCAACGUCGGCAAUCUGCGUUCCUGGAUCCGAUCUGCAUCUGGCGUCUAAGGACUUUGGGCUCUCUACUGUCCUGGGUUCCAUCAUUGGAAUAUGUAAU